AUGGCGCAACUCUUCCAGAAGGAUCCGCGCAACGCGGGUCUGUUCAUCGGCGGUGAGCGUCUCUCGGGCGCCGAGAUCCGCAACCAGAAUGUUCUCGCCGCUCAGUCCAUCGCCAACAUUGUCAAAUCCUCGCUCGGUCCCGUCGGUCUCGACAAGAUGCUAGUCGAUGAUAUUGGAGACGUCACCAUCUCCAACGAUGGCGCCACCAUUCUCUCGCUCCUCGAAGUCGACCAGCCGGCUGGACGCAUUCUGGUAGAAUUGGCGCAGCAGCAGGACAAGGAGGUCGGCGACGGUACCACCUCGGUCGUCAUCAUCGCUGCCGAGCUUUUGCGAAGAGCCAACGAGCUGGUAAAGAACAAGAUCCAUCCCACCACCAUCAUCACCGGAUACCGUCUCGCAUGUCGAGAAGCCUGCAAAUAUCUCCAGGACCAGCUCUCCACCAAAGUCGAGGCGCUCGGCAAGGACUCGCUCAUCAACGUCGCCAAGACCAGCAUGUCGAGCAAAAUCAUCGGUGCCGACGACGACUUUUUCGCACAGCUCGCCGUCGACGCCAUGCUUGCCGUCAAGACAGUCAACCCGCGUGGAGAGAUCAAGUACCCCGUCAAGGCGGUCAACGUGCUCAAGGCGCACGGCAAGUCGGCGCGCGAAUCGCUCUUCAUCAAUGGAUAUGCGCUCAACUGCACCGUCGCCUCGCAGGCCAUGAAGACGCGCGUCCGCAACGCCAAGAUCGCACUGCUCGAUAUCAACCUCGUCAAGCAGCGCAUGCACCUCGGCGUGCACAUCACCAUCGACGAUCCGGAGCAGCUCGAAAAGAUCCGUGCCCGCGAGAGCGAGAUCGUGCUCGAACGCGUCCGCAAGAUCCUCGCCACUGGCGCCAACGUCAUUCUCACCACCAAGGGUAUCGACGACCUCUGCCUCAAGGAGUUCGUCGAGGCGGGCGCCAUGGCGGUGCGACGAUGCCGCAAGGAGGACCUGCGAAGGAUCGCCAAAGCCACCGGCGGUCAACUGGUCAGCAGCUUGAGCAACUUGGAAGGCGAAGAGACGUUCGAAGCCAGCAGCCUCGGAACCGCCGAAGAGGUGUCGCAGGAGCGUAUCAGCGACGACGAGCUGAUCCUCGUUCGCGGUACAAAGACGGUCAGCUCGAGCUCCAUCGUUUUGCGCGGUGCCAACGACUACCUGCUGGACGAGAUGGAGCGAGCGCUGCACGACAGCCUGUGCGUCAUCAAGCGUACGCUCGAAAGCGGAUCUGUUGUUCCUGGUGGAGGAGCGGUCGAAUCUGCGCUCAGCAUCUACCUCGAAAACUUUGCCACCACGCUGGGCAGUCGAGAGCAGCUCGCCAUCGCCGAAUUCGCCCAGGCGUUGCUGGUGAUUCCCAAGACCUUGGCUGUCAACGCGGCCAAGGACAGCACGGAUCUGGUGGCCAAGUUGCGCGCCUACCACAAUGCAGCGCAGAACGCUAAUGCUGGCGACCCCAAGAAGGCGUUGCGCUUCUACGGGUUGGAUCUGCUCAACGGUCAGGUGAGGGAUAACCUCAAGGCGGGUGUGCUGGAACCAACGAUUAGCAAGGUCAGAAGUCUCAAGUCGGCGCUCGAGGCGGCUACCAGUCUGCUGCGUAUCGAUGAUGCGAUUACGAUCGCUCCUGAGCAGCCUGCUGAGGAUCCCCAUGCUCAUAUGUAA